AUGAAAUCGGACAUCGAUUUACCUAAUGAUAGAGCAUGUGAAUCUGAAGAAUGCAAUAUGUCAUCUCAUAGUCAUGAUGAAGAGUCAAACGAUGAAUUGUCUGAUGAACAGAUUGAUUACGAAGUAAUUGACUAUAAUACAUGUAUGGAUGAACAGGUAGCGAUGGUUAUGGCCCAAGCAAAAGUGUUUGGAGCAUUUAUGAGUCUUUUUAAAUGUUUUUUCUGUCCGAAGGCAUUGGUCAGCGGUGAUUUGGUUUUAUCAUUCGGUGUGUUUAUUCCGUUAUCAAGCAUAAAUAUGACAUUCAAUGAAAGAUUUGGGAAGGAAAUAAACUUACUGAUUACCAAGGCAAAUAAUAAGGUUUCAGUGGAUGAUGUUUAUGUGUUUUGUAUUGAACGAGCAGGAGACAUUCCACUGGAGAUGAUUUUGGACAUGUACAGAACCUUGAAGUAUGCCGAUCAGAAGCAUAUUGUUUUCAUUUCAAGGGUUGUGCAAUGCAAAGUAGCCGAUGCAAGAGAGGCAGCAAAGGAAUUUAGAGAAUAUAAACAAACUGAUUUGAAUCUAAUGCCAGUUAGAGGAGAGGAAGUGUUGCUGCUAUCUUCUUAUAUCUGUAAGUCUGAUUUGAGAAUUGAUCGAAGUGUAUUUAGAUUGUUUUUAUUAAGCAGCAAGAUGUUUGGAUCGUUUGUGAGUCGUUUUGGGAAGGAAGUAGAAAGAGGAAGAGAUUAA